CCAUCAUCUGCCCCAUUAUUACCGUCGGAGCCGUCGUUGAUUAUUACGCGUCGUUCCUUGCCUUGUCAUCGCUUUAAGCGCCCAAUAAGCGCCUAUACCCAUUCAGAAAUAUGUCGUUCUUUGGAAAUAAGAAUAGAGCUCCCAGCAGACCCAAACGUUCACCUACACCCAACUCUGGCACCCUUUCUCGCACAAAUUCUCGCGGUUCUGCAUCCAACGAAGAGGGCGCCAUCUCUAAGCCUUUGUACCUAUGCAGUCCGUUUGCGGAUUCCGCGCUUGUGAAGGGAAACUUCAAGACAAUUGUGAUGCUACCAAAAUACGUUGACAUAACAGAGUGGGUUGCUGUGAACAUAUUCGAUUUCUAUACCCAUCUCAACGAAUUCUACGGCGUCAUCACAGAAUGCUGUACUCAACAGGCUUGUCCUACGAUGUCGGCUGGUACAAACCUAAACUAUCUCUGGACGACCCAAGACCGGAAACAGGUUUUACUUUCUGCACCUACGUACAUCGAUUCGGUCAUGUCGUCAAUACAGACGCUUCUGGACGACGAAAACGUUUUCCCGUCCAAAUCAGGUCAGCAGUUCCUUCCCACCUUCCCAGCGACCGUCAAACACAUAUAUCGUCAACUUCUUCGUGUUUUCGCGCAUAUCUAUCAUGCUCAUUAUACUGAAGUGUUGCAUUUGCGUUCUGAGCCCCAUUUCAACUCGCUUUUUGCACACUUUUUGGCAUUCGGGUGGAAGUAUGAGCUAUUGGAUGUCAAGGAAAUCAAAGGGGAUAUAAAUGCGCCCGUUGGGGUCGGACUGCUAUGGGAGCGAUGGAAGAAUACCGGUAUUCUGGAAGCAUGAGUGUGAGUCAUUUAAUUUAGAAGUCAUUACUUUAUCACUGUAUUACGCGCCAAGGCGUAAAUGGAACUUCUCUACUACUAUGCGUACAAUAUCGCGCCAU